UACCCUCGGCUUUCCAUGUACUUUUCAUUUUCCUUGAUUUUUCUGGAUCGUGUUGAUCGGCUCGAACAAACGUACAGUAGUUUUCGCGCGACUCGAAUUCUUCAGCCAUUCGACGACAUGCUGAAGCCUUUGCUGCUGCUGUGUUGCGCUGCGACAAUCGUGUCAGCUGGCGAGCAGAAAAUUGACAACCAUCCGUUGCCAUUGGAAGCAAUUAAAACACCAGAAUCAAAUGCAGACCAAAAAUUAAAUACGACGAUUUUAAAUUCAAAUGUACUUUCAACAAGUGAGUCUACUGAAGAGCAAAAACCGGUAUCAUUACUUCCUGUGAUUAUACCUACUUCGCCUCCAACAACAACUCCAACAACGGCACCUACAACAAAGCCGACUACAACAAAGCCGACUACAAUUCCAACUUCAACCUCAACCUCAACACCUGCACCUACUACAUCAACUACUCCUGCUUCAACAACACCAGUGCCAACAACGCCACUUCCUCCACCAAGUACUGGAAAAUGGAUUGUUCAAGAGAACAAGACAUAUUGCAUCAUAGUUGCAGUAGCUGCACAGUUAAAUGUUUCUUAUAUCAAUGCCAAUAAUGUGACAAUUCAUAAGGCAUUGGACAUACCAGUUAAUGGUAGUGUAACAGGAAAAUGUGGUAAAACUGAGCAGAAUCUAACAUUGUCAUGGAAACCACAGAAUGUUUCUACUGUUAAUGAUAGUUUCACGUUGCAUUUUGUAAAGAACGAGACGGAGAAACAUUACUCUCUUCAUUAUUUGGAGAUCUCUUUGGCAUCUACAGAAUUCCCGAAUGAUGAUUCAAAUAAGACUGUGACUCUGGUACACGUGGCACCGCAAUUCAAUACCGGAUUGAGCAACUCUUACAGAUGUUUUAAGGAACAGAUACUGAACCUGACCCUGGAAGGUAGGAACGAAACUAUAGGGCAUCUGAAGGUAUCCAACCUGCAAUUCCAAGCUUUCAGAGGCGACAAUUCCACCGUUUUUGGCCUAGCCCAAGAUUGCUCAUUCAACACACCUGAUAUCGUUCCCAUAACAGUGGGCUGUGCAUUAGCAGGUCUGGUGGUAGUUGUAUUGAUUGCAUACCUCGUUGGCCGCAGGCGAAGUCAGGCUCGCGGUUAUCUUAGCAUGUAAGCCGAGUUCUGUGAGGUU